AUGGCAAUGGUUUGCUUCAAGGUUUCUGAUCAUUAUGAUGCAUUAAAGACGUCGGAUCUUACAAAUGUUGAAACAUUGGUCAAACCAGACGCCGAAAAAUAUUUUGUUGAACGAUCCGAAAGUACUGAAAAUCUUCCACGAUUGCCAGCAUUAUCGGAAUCUCUGAAUACAGCUUUUGAUGAAAAGUCAUUAUUCCCAAAAUAUAUGUUAGAUUUUGAAAUGAAAAUGAAGAAUCACCACAAUACUGUAAUGAACCAGUUUUUACACGAGUAUCUUCGAGGAGCACUGGGUGUAUCAAACGGUACACAGUUUCUUGUCUCAUUUGAACGACAAAAUUUAAGCCCUUGA